AUGACACAACAACGUAAUACAUCAGGGGAAUAUUUAUGCGACCGGAUCAACCAGGAAGAGUCCAUGGAAAUCGGGUUCGUGUGGAACAGAUCCCCGGAAGGCGCAGAGAAGCUAGCCUUUAAGCAUCGCGUUCCUACCGUGAUCACAGAUCUGGAGCGUGACCUACCGCAAUUACUACCCAAGGACGAACGCACGUCCAGCAACAGCAACACGUCCAUUCAUCUGGUUGUUGAGGUUGCCCACCCGGACGUUACACGGGUUAUUGGCGGUUCCGUGAUCAAGAGCGGAUGCAAUUAUUUCAUCGGGUCGCCGUCCGUGUUGGCUGAUGAGAGUGUGAUGCGUGAUUUGGAGUCGGCUAGUGCGCAAUCUGGUGCGAAGGUGUAUGUGCCUUGUGGCGCGUUUUGGGGAGCAAACGACAUCGGGAAAAUGGCGGAUUUGGGCACCCUGUCGUCGCUCGUCAUUACCAUGCGCAAGCAUCCGAGCUGCCUGAAGAUUGAAGAGCUAAAGGUAUCGAGAGUGAUUCAUCAUACGCAGGCAAAGUUUGCUGCGUAA